UGAAGCCUCGUAAAAACGUGAGAAGGAAACUAGAACUUACUACGAGCGAAUCAUUACCUUCCGUAAGAAAUUUUAAUCAUGUCGAGAAAACAAUGAGUGCAAGAUCACAACGUGGAAUCCACGAUACAGCGACGACCAAACGAUUUCGUAGCCCGCGUAUCACUGUGAAAAAUCGUGUAGUAAAACCACAGAUAACGUAUGAUUAUGAUGCUGCGGUUAGCCAACCGGAUAUACCGAACUUGCUAAACAACAAGAAGAUCGGUCGUAGUACGAUGGUUAGUGGGCUUCCACUUAAAAAGAGAGCUCUAAAGAAUCGCUUAAAAGGACGAAUUAUGUCAAGCAAGAAUUUUCAGAAAAGAUCUCAGGAAUACAAGACGAAAUCGCUGGUUCAAAAAAACAAAAAGACACGAUCGCUCGAUAGUGAAAAUGCAAAUCCCACGAGAAAAACGAUUAUUUCAUCCAGUUUCUUCAAAAAAGAAGAUCAUAUCACUGAAAAAGGGAAUAUUGACAAUAAUGAUAUCGUCUACAACGAGGAUUUGACAAACUUGAGGAAGAACUUAAUAGUAGAUGGCAAAAAUAUUUCAUCCAAGGAUACAACAAAAGAGGCAAUUGGGAACGAUGAUAAUCAAAUCACUGAAGCGAAAGUGAAAGACAAGAGAUCAGACGAUUACGAAAGUGUUUCAAUGAGAUCACCAGUUCAAGUCAAACACAGUAAAAUUCCUCGCGCGAAGAUAACAACCUUUCCAGCUCAUACGUUUGACGAAUUCCAUCCGACGAAAUUGAAAACGAAGGAAUCUCCACAGUUGAAAUGUCUCAUGGCGAGCGAUGCUACUAACAAGUUUGUUACAAAAAUAAAAGAUAAUUGCUCACCGUUAUCGAUGCAUUUUUCUUACAAUAAUUAAACACCAUUUUAAAGUGCCGAGGUCACAGACAAAGAGGAAAAAAGAAGGUCAUGCUAUAAAGAACCAAAUUCUUGUAAACAAGACAUAGUUCGUUUCGAAGCACAAGACGAUACAAGUUUGGAACAAAGAAGAGACCUCGACGUUAGAAGCAGAUGAAGAAGCAGAAGACCAUGGAUUGACGACGGCAGACGAAUCCCC